CUGUUCUGUGUUCUAGAACAAAACAAUGAAGAACUGGAGACGGUGGGAGAGCGCAGUGGUCGAGCUAGCUCGUGGCCCGCGACUCCGUCCGGCGUGCCCUUCCCCAUGCAGAACUCCAGCCACGUCAAGUUCGAGCCUCCCGCGGUGCCCGUUAUAUUUGUAUUGGGUCUACUCGCAGGUGGCCCUGGCAGUGGGAAGGUGACACACUGUGAUAACCUGAUGCAGGAGAGGCGAGGCAUGGUCCACAUCAACAUGACGGACCUGCUGCAGCAGUACGCCAUCGGCAACGACAUGCUAGACUUCGGCACCCUGUCCAGCAAGACGGUGACCGAGGUUCUGAUGCUGGAGAUGAAGAUGGCUCCCACAGCUCGCACCUACCUGGUCUCUGGCUACCCGAGAUCUAUGAGGGAUGUUGCGGAGUACUCUGAUAAGAUCCAGACCAUAAGUGGCGUGGUGCUGGUCAGUUGGCGCCAACGAGUCCUGGAGCGUCAGAUAGAGUACGGCGCUCGCCUGGGGCAGGUCGUGCUCAGUCUGGCCAAGAUGGAGCUCGCCAACUUCUACAAGCACGUGAUGCCCGUCGCUGAUUACUUCGACCAGAGCAACAUGCUCAUUGCCGUAAACGGUGAAAGAAAUCCGGAAGAAGUAUACAGAGACUUCAAGGCUGCGGUCCUUCAGAUCCUCGGCUCCUAUGAAGAUCAGAAUAGCAACGGAAUAGGUGUGGGUGCUAGAGGAAUUCAAGGUGAAAUAGUUGGUGUGGAACCAGCACCGACAAGAGACCAGGAAAGUCCUCGGCCAGUCACACAGCAUGUCGAUAUUGAUGAUUCAAUGCCAAACGAACCGGUCACUAUAGUACAAGCGCCAGUCACAGUCGCGCCAGUGCCAAGACACGUGCCCAAUGGCAAUAUUGGAAAUGGCGAGAGGAUAGUUAGUCCAAAAGCUGAAGUUAUCAGAGUACGUGGUGCAGCCACCUCCACACCGACCCUGUGGGUGGUCGGAGGACCGGGCAGUAAUAAAGCAGCGCUCUGCCAACGGGCUGUGGAACAACGGCAAGGAUGGAUGCAUUUCAGUGUUGGCCAACGUCUUCGAGCGUUGGCAGAUGUCGGCGGUGGCUUGGCGUCAGACGGUGCUCUGGCAAGAACAGCUGUGACUGGCGGCGAGUUGGCGCCUCACGACCUGGUCACCAAGCUGGUGCAUACAGCGGUACAGGACGCCACGAGAACCGGGAAUGGAAUCGUACUUGAUGGAUACCCGAGAGACUUAGAACAGAUGACACUUUAUGAACGUGAGUUCAAGGUGACUCCUCGUAUGGUCCUCUUGGACUGUUCCAAGCUGCAGCUCGGCCGCGGUCGAAGAGAUGACUCAGUGGCCGCCUUCAGAAGACGCCUGGAGGUGUUCCGGGAGCUGAGUCUACCCAUGUUGAAGAACCUGGACCAACAACAUCGACUCGUUAUAGUGGACGGUGACACGGACUCCGCUGACGUUCAGGCGGAGUUUACGAGAGUUCUGAUGGAGGAGAUGGAACGAGCUGAAGAGAUCUCCAAGAUACCCUCGGAUUACGACCAGCGCACGGAACAGAACCAUUUUAAUAGAAGAGACGGCACCGCGGUACAACAGUUUGCGCACGUGGUGUCUCGAGUGGGGACAACACUCGCUAACGGUACGGCCAGGAAUGGAGCCGCCAACGGGAGCGUUAAUGGAUUUAUUGGCAUGCACACCAAUAAGGUAAAACCGAUGGUAAACAACGUGUCAAAGAUACCCAGCGUAUCCCAAAUGACGCACGAUGACGUACGACGGCUGUACGAACAGAGCUCUGGAGAGAUAGCUCUGAACACGCACAUGUAG